AUGCCGCUCUCCAACGUAUUCCGACGCUCCUUUCCAAACCCCUUCCACAACUCGUCUCGGAAAAAUCGUCAUGCGCACGCUCGUUCUGGCAGCACCGCCGGUUCGCCGUCCUCGAUCGUUGUCGUCCCUGUGGUCGAAGACAAAAGCAACAGUAACAGCGGCGGUAACACAGUCGACUUCAUCACACCACUACCUUCUACUCUUGGACGGUGCGACAGCCGCAAAUCAAUCAGUUUAAAGGGCAAGGGCAAGGGCGAGGAUAUUAGCAAGCUGAGGCGGAAAGGCAGCCAGGCAACACACAAGAGCGCCCAUAGUUCACUCUCUUCCUGCCAUCUAGAGAGACUCGACCCUGACGCCAUCCCUCGGCCUUCAUCACCCUCUUCCGAUCUGAUCUCACACCUCCAUAUCUCAAAGGCCCCUCUCUCUCUCUCACUUCAGGAACAGCAGCAGCAGCACAUGUCGGCCUUGUCCAGCCCCACAUCGACAUCCUUCUCACCCUCUCCAUUUUCGCCUCAUAUUAGCAUGCCCACAUCACCCUCUGCCCCAUCUACACCUUUGGUUACCAAUAGCCCUGCAAGAAUCCUUUCUGCCUCUCCCGAACCCCUCACGCCCACCCUCCCAACCAGCCCGACCAACCUCGCCACCUCAGGAACGCUCAGUUCCCGAUCUCGAUUCGGAUCCUUGUUCGCCACAAGCAAGACACGUCAUAACUCUGGGGAGCGUGUUCUUUCGGGCAAGGAUAAGAUCAACUCAGCACCGCUGAAGAAAAAGCGCAUGACCGCAGGGUCAUUACAGAUUCCUAUUGGCGCGUUCCUGUCCAGCACGUUCCGAAACAAGCAACAAGGGGCACAGCAACAGCCAUCACAACCAGAGUCAUUGCAACCAGUUCAGGAGCAGACCCAAGCCCAACAACAACAACUACUUCAACGCAAGAAGCGACGAGGCCUCCUCCCCAAGCUGCCCAAACUCGACACCCGCCCCAAGAUCAUUGUCUCCAAGUCUGAAUCUAAGAAGCAAAAGGAGGCGGCCAAGCAGGUCGGCACGGGGUACGGAGACAACGGCAGCAGCAGCACCCAGCAGGCCCCCCCUGAAAUUUCAACACAAGACUCAAAUGCUGCACUUGGACCUGAUUUGGAGUGGGUUGUUGUUCCUGGCUCGACAGAGACAGCGAAGCAAGGAGGCGGAGGCGGACGCAGGAAAUCAUCGAGCAGACUACUGUCGCCCUUCUACCUCUCUCGUCAAAUCCGUACUGGAGCCGGUUCCCACUCUUCCCAAAAUCUCGAUCCCAACGUCCGCCUCCCUCCACCGAUGAUGGGUUCCACAGGAGAGAAGAAUGAUUCUCUGGCAGCAACGAAGUCAAGUGGUUCCCAAGCACGCCAACAAUUUCUGGACUUCUACCCAGCUUUUGAGUUUGAGUGGCAUGCGGACAGUCAGGUCUUUUAUGAUGACCGAUGGGAUCGGGCCUCGGUCCGGACAGUCGAUACUGAGAUCAUGCUCCUCGCGGAUGACCCCAACUUCCCGGACUACCCUGAUCGGAACGACUAUUGGCAACAGCAUUGUCGUAUUCGGGAACGGCGAUGGAAACACCAAAUCCAGAAACAUCAGCAGCAACAAAUGACGGAUGCCCGAUCUGGACUGGUUGAAGGCGACUCGGGUUCGUUGUUGGAUGAGGAUGAUGAGGACGAUGAAGGAAGGAUUACCGACCAGUUGAACUCGCUUCCCGAGGGGACUGCCCGACGUGAUCGACAGAGCACGCCCCCCUCGAGCAGCCACCGUCAGAGUCGUGUUCGGUACACGACCUACAGCGCUUACAUUGCCGCGAUGCAGGUCAAGUCCAAGAACCGCACUGACCACAAGCGCUCGCUCGAUGUUGCGGCCAUGGCUUCCCCCACUGCUGGAAUUGAUACAGACAAGCUGAUGACCGAUGUCCGUGCCCUCCGUGAGCGAUCCAUGACCCAGCCUGCGAACAGGUUUGGAGAUGCUAUCAUGGGUAGUGAUACUAUGGUCGACCCUCGUCUUGGCCCCGCUGGACAGUCGUCUCUCUCUGAAGUCUACCACGGCCAACGUCGAUAUGCUCGCCAUCAUGAUGGUACCAACCUCGGCAGCAGUGACGACGAGAGCGAGGACCAAUACGAGGCCGAGGAUCGAGCCCACCCUAUGUCAUCCUUUGCCUCCCUCCAGCGACAGCGUCAACCCGACAGCGGUAUCCUCUUUGUCGCCGCCGCCGCGACCACCGCAGAGGUAUAUCCUACCCUUGUGCACGACCCCCGCGAUCAGCUGCUGAACAAGUCUGCCAGGUCGGCGACUACGACAUCCGGCAACAAGAUGAAGGACUUGACCUUCUCGUCCCAGCACGGCAAGAACGCAAGUACGACCCCCUAUUGGAUUGAGGACGGUUAUGAUGAGGGCAUGAUGGGUUGUCUUGUUGCAUCUUACUUUGACAAGAGAGUUUUGGAGGACCGCAUUGGUGGCAAGAGUGAUCUGGAGGGUGGCGAGGGUGACGACCAGAGCGCUGGCGACAAGAUGGCUGGGAACGGCUUCAGGGUGCUACAGUCUUCCUUCGGCGAUCAAGGGUCACUCGGCGCCCACAGCGGUCCUGAUCUGGACCCAAGUGGCCGUCGCCCGUCAGCGUCAGACGCCGUCGACAACAGCUACAGCAAUAGCAACCUAAACGACAAAAACAAUAACGACGAUAUCAACAACAACAAGAACAACUACGACAAUAAUAACAAUGACAACAGGAAUAGCAGCAAUAACAAGAAGGAUCUGUGUCUGAGUCGCCCAGGCCAGUAUGCGUCUCAUAAUCAUAUCAUGCCGUUAGAGAAGCUCUUGGAGGUUGAGGAGCAAGGGCGGCAACGGCGGAGACAGGCUCUGUUGGAGAAACAAGAAUUAGACAGACAGAAGAGGUUGAUGAUGGAGAUGGAGGAGCAACAACAGCAGUUACUUUUAAUAUACCCGGAUGGUGCGGCGCUCGACGCUACUAAGCCUAAUACUAUUAUCACGUCUACCACUACUGCUACUCCUUCCUUGCCAUCUUCCUCCUCUGCUUCUCUUGCUCAACCAUCAUCUUCCUCUCGGCCCCUUGAAGUUGCUGAUGGUAAUAGUAGCAGCGGUAGUGGCAACACCUUCCUUGCGGAUCUGUCGACCGCAACGUCUGUACCCGACACCGCUGCCUCCUCUCAGCAACCAACCGAUUUGGAGCCACAGGCACGACUACAAAGUUCAGGACACAUGCUUCUGGUGCUGGAUCAAGGUCGUUGCCAGUACUACGAGAACGGGACCAGGAAGCGAGGCCCAGAAUGGGAAGAGGGAGGACCAGAGGACGGCUUUGUUGGACAUGAUGCCACCGAUGUGAUUGAGGAGGAUGAGGAGGAGGUUGAUGAGAAGGAGCUGGCGUGGAUCAAGCAACAGCGUCUGCGACAAGAGUCGAGUCCGAGCCUCAAGCGAGCCCAGAAGGGUAAGGGCCCUGGUGGUGAUUCUGGUUCGAAUCGAGUGCAAACGUUUGAUGAGCCUGCAGCUGAAGGAGGAGGAGGAGGUGUAAGGGAGAGGGUGCCAAGUCAGGAGAUGGAUCCAUUGGGGUCGCUUACGGUUAUUGACUCACCUCUGUCACCUCGGUUUACGAACGUGUUUUCAGAGUCUCCGACUGCCAGUGCCAAUUCGUCACAGGUCUUUUCACCCCAGUCUUCGCGGCCAUCAACGCCCAGCUCCGUGAACGCACUUGCGCCACCUCCUCGUGCUCAGUCUACGGUGGUCACAUCUUUGACUUCCUCCCCAAGCACCAACCCGCUAGCUCGUCAAGCCAGCGCUCAUGGGUUGUCGACUCUGAGUCGCAUUCGAGCUAUCAAGUCGCGCGCUUCGCUAUCCUACUCUAUCCUUCCGACUUUGUCGACGUCUUCUUACGCGUCGUCUGCAUCGACUUCGACAACGACAUUACUCUCGCCUGCACCUUCGACACUCUUGAACAAUCCGCCACUGAAGCACCGCGGGUCUGGAAGCAUGACCCCUGGUAGUACACUCUAUUCAGGAGAUGUCACCACUCCUGCCACUCCUUCUCCUGUCGCUACACCCGCAACAGAAGCUGUGGAUAAUGGAGGAAAUGCUGACCUGUCGUCCUCAUCUUCUUCAGCGCUGCUCCCUGGUCGCAAGCUAUCCUGGUCCGAUGUUCCCAACCAACCACCAACAGCAAUAACAACAACCACGACCACGACCACCACGCCCUCAGCUAUCGCCUUCCUCCUGGACGCUCUCACCAAACCCCCACCCCCACCUGACAGCCCACAAGGAGACGGAACCGGUGCUCCAUCCAAGACUCUCAAAAACGACUCGGCCCAGAGACUGAAGCAGCAGUGGGACCAAAAGAUGCGUUCGCAGAGUGCCUUGUCCAUGUCCACUUCUGCCAGGUCCCGGUCGACGUUACUAUCUCCUCCUCCUCCGAUGACUAUCUCUGGAUCGAAGAUGUGGAUGCGUAAUCCUGUCCAUCUCCUUGCCCCACCACCACCACCACCACCUCCUCCCCCUCCUUCCUCAGGACAAGGAGACACUACUGCGGUAGACAAGAAGCAGCAGGACCAGAGGCAGCGUCGUCAAGGUGCUUUGAGCGAAGGGGACCUCGAAACAGAAGCUGACCAGGAGAUGGAAGACGAGCUCCGCCAGCUCCUGGACGACGCCACCCACGACAACGCCCAGUACCAGAUCAAGAAAGCUGCAGUUACCAGACGUCCAAGGAGGGCAAUGUCGAUGGUGGAGUUGUCGGCGUCGACGACAGCGUCGCAGUACAAGGCGGCCGUCUCGGCGACACGGCAGCGGUACAAGGCUGAGGCUUCGACGUCGACGUCGACGGUGGAUAUCUUGCAGUCUGAGGGAAUGUAUCAGUGGAAUGAGUUUUUUGAUGUUUGA